AUGACGGACGAGAAUAAAGACGGUAAAAGAGGUGAAGAACUCAAAUCCGUGGCGAAAGAGUUCACGCACCAAGCCUCCUUAAAACUCGCCGAAUUCUCCAACGACGAACGCGUUUCCAAAAAUUUCGACCAAACGCUCGACACCGCGAGCGAAUAUUUACUCGAUGAAAGCGCAGAAGCGAAGAUCAAGCAAAAAGCGAAAGAGCUGAUGGAAACGUCCGAUUUAGCCAAAAAGUUGCAACUAAAAAGUCAAGAUUUAUUCGAUAACUCUCUGAGGAAAGAAGAGGACAUCGAAACGGCGAAACGAAGAGCGUCGCAAGUUUUAGAGAUUGCGGAGAGUUUAGCGGCGAAGAGCGCGUCGACUUCGCAAACGGCGUCGGUGUUUGCCGAGGCGACGGCGAAUUUGAAACGGUUAAUCGAGACGUCGGAGAAUAGGAAAGAGUUGGCGGAAGCGGCGAAGGUUUUAGGGAAAGAAGUUUGGGAGAAGUUAGGGAGUCGAGCGAGCGCGAAUUCAAACGUCUCGAGCAUGAAGACGACGGUCGAUCGGUUAAGCAGCAGAGUGAGAGAGUUGUUGAGAAAGUUGCAAGAGGAUAAGAAGAAGAGAGAGGAAGAGGCGGCGAUGGCAGCCGUUAUGGGGUUAGACGGGUUGAGCAGUCCGAGAGGAGGUACGGGGAGCGACGGAGGGUCGCUGAUGAACUCUCCGAGAACACCCGGGGGUGGUUUGAGAUCAAACAACGGCGCGAGUUUGGACGAGAAGAGCAACGUCAACUCUAGGUUUAAAACCUUAGGCGAAGAAUCGCAAUCGAUUUGGAGAGACAUUCGGGGCGACGAGCAAAUUAAUAAACUCUUAAAAGAAGAAAUCGUGCCUGGCUUUAAUAGUUUAAUCAGGAACGCGGUGGAGGUGAGCUGCGAGUUGAUUUCAAAAUUAGAGUUGCCUCGCGUGGACGGGAUUUACGACUCGCCGAUUGGCUCCGUGUGUUACCACGUGGACAACUUGCACUUCAGCGAGUUUUCCAUCGAUAAAGGCGCUUUGCGAGUCAUCAAUCACGUCAACGGCGAGAAGCACAACAGUAAUAAUAGAAAGCAUCAUAGAAAACCGCAUCACCACGGCCAAGACGAAGACGGACACCACGAGUAUUACGAUUCCGAGGACGAUUCCGAGGACGACGAAGAUUUUGAGAAUUCGUACGACGACGGUAGCGGAUACCAUCAAUUCAACGAACGAAAUAAUAGUAGCAAUAACAACAACAACACCGGGUUACAUUCCACGGUGGAAGUGCGAGGAAUCAAAACGAACAUGGAAGAGAUUGAGUUCGCGUAUUGCGAACAUCCAAGAGGGUGGGGCGUCAUCGACGGCGAAGGUUUGUGCACGGUGAAAGUAGACGGAGCGAGAGUUGGCAUUUCUUACGAGAUCAUCAUCAACACGCCGAGAUUGGUACAGAUUGUUAACCAAGGCGUGGAAAUCGUGAAGAAUGAAACAACGAGAGACGAGUUGACGGCGAAGUUUCAAGCGAGUUUAGAGGAGAGGAGGAAAGGCGCCGCGGCUGAAGCGGAUGAAAAUAACUCGGAAUUUGCGACGCCGGUUUUGAGUCCGAGCGGAAAGAAUCCCCACCAAGAUUCGUCUCCGUCGUUUCAAGAAGCCGGAGGUGGCGGGAACAAGAACAACAAUUUCGAUUUAUCCACCGUGGACGAUGCGUUAUCGAGCGCGUUAGACCGCGCGUUUGGCGGCGGAGGCGCGUUUGGCGAACCUCCGGAAUCUCCGGAAGACACGCCGCCGCAAUCUCCGAACGAAAGUUCCUUAGACGCGCGAGAACACCAACAGCACGCGUACUUUCAACCGCGGAAGCCGUCUUUCGACGGCAACAUGAUUCGAGACAAAAACGAGAAUAUUACUAGCAAAAGCAAAUCCGCAAACGACAACAACAGGUACGAGAAAAAUGGAAAGAGUGAACAAAUAGAUAGGCAAGCGCAGCUGGAGAAAAAUCGCAAGUUUGUCGAGGACGUCCUCGGCGCCGAGUUCCUCGGGACCGACCCGGUGCUUACCUUGCGCGUUCACACGACGCACAUCGCCGUCGGUAAACUCGACGUCGAAAUCGGCGGCACCUCCGCCGCGUGGCUCUACAACAUGAUCGCGCUCGUCCUCACCGAACAACUCCGCGGACGCAUCGAAGAGCGCAUCAAUAACAUCACCGUCCGCCAACUCGCCCGCCUCUCCGGCGCCGUCGCCGCUUACUCCGCCGGCUUAAUCCAAGUUGAAGUCAUGGGCGACCACUCCGACUCCGAGGACUACGACUCCGACGAGGAAGGUUUGUUCUCCGGCAUGACUGGCUCUUUGCGCGAAAACCUCGGCCAAUGGAACGAAGACUGGGUCUGCUCGCACUGUCCAGGAGAAGCGAGCGAAAAACUCCAAUCAAAACGAAAGUUUGGAAGUAAAACAGAUUUGAGACGAAAUUCCAGAGGCGAAAGCAUGGAGAUGUUACCGGACGUCGACGCGGAAGACGCCAAAUGGGAAGCGUUUCAAAACAAUAACAAUUGA